CAUUACAAACUAUUACAAUAAGCGAAAACGACGUCGUGUAGUCUGAAUCAGCUGUCCAUUCUUUCUAGUUGUACAAUUCCGAUGCUCCUCCUCCGUUCACAAAACCAAAAACCCCUUUUCCCCCCCAUCAAACCCUAACCCUAACUUUCUCAAUUCUCCGAUCAAUUCACACACAAUUAGCCUUUCAAUCCGAUCCAUGCCUCCGAUCAGCACCUCCUCCAUCUUCUAACAAACAAUAUGGAUCACAAACAUGAUCAAAUUUCUCCGAUUUCAACCCUUCUUCCCGCCAUAACCGACAUCAACUCCGUUGUUGAUUCAUCAUCGUCAUCACCGCCGUUGAAUUCGGAUCCCAAUCAGAGCAACUGUCAUGGAGUAUUGUAUACGGCUGCUUUGUCGAUUCCGGCUGCGUUGUUUAUAGUGUACCUAGGGUUUUAUUUGAAGAAGAAUGUUAAGAAGCUUAGUCACCGUCGUUCGCAUGUUAUGAUCGCUUAUUAUGUGCUUCUUUGGUUGUCUGCUGUUCUUAAUCUCGUUUGGUGCUCUCUUCAGGCAUGGCAAUGCACUUCUGGGAAGGAGGUUUCGUGGAAUUUAUUGUCAUUGCUGACAGAAUCUGGAUCCUUAUGUCUAGAAAUCAGUUUGAUCGCCUUCUUACUUCAGGAAAACUAUGCAACUGGGUUGGAGACAUUAGCUCAUACUUUCAUGGUUUCAGGGCUGAUUGUUGGAGCAGAUAUGCUUCUCAAGGCAAUAUUUGUGUUUGGAUUUGGCGUGCCGCUUUUUAUGGAUGGUGCAACUACUCAUAGCGUAAAAUGGGGCAUGUGGACAUUCGAUGAAAUAUUGCUUACAUGCGCUUAUGGCUAUAUUUUGUUUGUGCAUUACUCAAAGUGGAGAGACAAGUUACCCCCCAGACCAGCAUUUUAUAACUAUGCUGUUGUCAUGUUUAUGGUUCAUGGAACUGGAUUGUUCGCCUGUGCAUUAGGUGCUAGUAGCGUCGGCUUUGGACUUUGGUUGUAUAGUUUCAUAGGCAUCUGCUACCACACUCUCUACCUUCCUUUUCUGUACAUCACUUUCCUGGCUGAUUUUUUCCAGGAGGAAGACUUGCUUUUAGAUAAUGCUUACUACUCUGAAAUGAGAGAUGCUGGGUUUUUUGACUCAGACUGGGAAUAAGAAAUUCCGUAAAUACGAUAGAUAUGUAACCUGCAUGUUAGAUUUGAUUUUUCCUUGUGCCAAGUAAAAUGUAGAUAGAUUUUAACACUACAAAAUUUGGUUUGGACACCAAAGACUUUGUUUGGCUUAUAAAACAUAUGGUUAUUGUAGCUUUCAAUGAUUAUCAUUUGGGACUUGGGUGUUGAUUGCU